GAUGUGUCUAGUCCGAAUGAAGCAGGAAGGCCGGAGUGGGAAAUACAUGUGUCGGAUCAUAGUUCAUUUUAUGUGGGAGGAUGUUGAACAGCGUGGCAGAGUCAUGGGGGUUAAUUCCUAUAUCCUGAAGAAGAACAUGAUUCUCAUGACAAAUAAUUUUUAUGCAGCAAUCUUGGGAUAUGAUGAGGGGAUUCUUUCAGAUGACCAUGGGCUGGCGGCUGCCCUCUGGAGAACCUUUUUUAACCAGAAAUGUGAAGACCCUCGCCAGCUUGAGCUGCUAGUAGAGUACGUGAGGAAACAGAUGCAGUACCUGGACUCCAUGAAUGGUGAGGAUCUGCUUCUGACAGGGGAGGUGAGCUGGCGCCCUCUGGUGGAGAAGAAUCCUCAGAGCGUUCUGAAGCCCCAUUCUCCAACUUAUAACGACGAGGGUCUUUGAUGGACUGAUCCCUCUCUACAGCUGGCCACCUGGCUUUGGGGAACUGCCAGAAGUGAAGUGCCUGUUUGGCUCAGGAACCUGCAGAAAGUGGCCUGAACUGACCUUUGAACAGCAUCCGUCAAAUACCUGGCCCCAUUUGUGUUGAGUUUCCUCUUGGUGUGACCAGGAAUCGCAUCUGGCAGGGUACAGUGCCGGGAGAACCCCUGUCUCUUCUGGGCUGUCCUCUCCCUCAGGAAAAUCCCCGAGCAAGAGCUCCCCAGCACACACUCCUCAAGUCCUUUCAGCACCCAUGUGACUGACAGCUCUUUCCAAAGGCCACGGAAGGGAUGGAGUAGGCAAGAAAGGGAUACCCACCAAUGACCCACUGUGGCCUAGGAGCAGUUUGUCAUACUCUGAGUCAAGACGGGUAACCACACUCUGUCCCUUGGCUUUAGUCAUGGGGUUGAGUUGGCCAUGAAAAGAAACAGAGACUUGUCUCUGCCAUGGUUCUUCUUUAUUCCGGGGUCUCUAGAAAUCUAUCUGAGAUGGUAAGUGCCAUAAUUGAGGAGCACCACCCAGCUCUGUUAGACAGGGACAGGGAAGAGGUCACGAGGAUCUUGCCGCUGCUCUUGCCUCUGGCUCACGGAGAUGCCUCUCUGUUCUGCUAAGGUGCCGUCUGCCAGGUCCCUCCUCUAGGACCCAGGAGCCCCUGAUGUCUGAUGCCCGGGGACUUGUCCCAUCCUAGGUCAUUUGGGAGGAGACCUCGAGAACAAAGUCCCCUUUGUCAGUCCCAAUGAACUGCAUGAGGAACAUGCCGUCUUUCCUCUCUUGGCCUCCCCUCAUGAGACACUGAGGAGAAGAGAGCCCAGCUGUGUGCGCAGCUUUCUGCCCCUCCCGCUCUGGAGUCUGUGCCGCAGAGCCAGCUCUGCCCAAGCACCUGAGCACCAGGCCCCUCCUCCCUCUGAGUGUGAGUCGUCCCUUGGGGGAUUUUCUUGAAGUGAAGAAAGGGGGUGGGGAACCAUAUUGCCCUUUCCUCCCCCAUCAGACUUCCUUCAUUUAACUUGCUAUAAAAUGAGUCAUAUAAAGAAAGUCUAUAUGGGUGAGGUAUAUCCCACUUCUGUGAAAACAUUACAAAUCAAACCUCCUUCUCUCAGUUUAUUUAAGAUGCAUUUGUUGCAAGCGGAGCUCCAGAGUGAAGCCUCCUGUGUGUGUGAGAUAAUAACACCUUGUAACUCAUUACAGCUGGGCACUAUUUACAUAAACCAGAGCUGAGCCAGGCAGGAAUUUGCUGAUUAAUUUAUUUUUAAUGGAGUAAAGUAUACCAUGCACCAAAAUAAACUUUACUGUGUGUACCUAA